AUGGAUGAAAUUUAUAAGAUUGCUUCCACAGAAAGGAUCCAGCAGUUAGAAAAAGAACUGGCCGUGCAGCUGACUGAACUAAAGUCUGAGAUAGAAGAACAGGAGACUCGUCGAGAUUACAGCUCUGUUCGAAUGCCAAAGGACAUUUCUUACUUUAGAAGAGAAAGGGAACUGGCUCUAAAGAAAACUUUACAGGUGGCUGAGUCAAAGCCCCUUGUUGUUCAAGCAGAUGUCAUGCAGAGGGAGCUAGAGAGCUGCCUAAGAAGAGAGUACACUCCUGAAAAUUUACCUUUGCUUCUGUUGCAGAAACAAGUUGCCUACAUUAUGGAGGAGUACAAUGAUGCCCUUCAGAGAGCUGAAAGAUUGUCUGUUGCGCGGGAAAACUUCCUUAUGGGAAAAAACAAUCCUUCUAACUUAGUGACACAGGAAGACCUGACUAUUUACACAAAGUGGUUUGUGUGUCACCUACACUCACUCAGGACUAUUCACCACUACCUACAGUCCCUCCAGUAUUUGCCCAUCUCCAAAGUGCUGAGUAUAGCUGUCAAUGAAGUUGCUGAGGCUGGUCAGGAGAACGAAAAGAUCUGCGUUGAUGACAUCAACCCUAACAUUCAGAGAUCUUCAUCUCCAGACCCUGGGGAUACCAGCAUUUCAGGACUGACAAGAACAGAAGCUGCUUUUUUCCUGCCCCAACACAUGACCGAAAGAGAAGAACUGACACCUCAGCUGGGGCUCCUGCUCUCCCAUUUCAAUAUCCCCUAUGACGUGGAAGAGCUGAGGGAUGCUGCUCAGGAAAUGGAACUUUUUAACUUGGUUUCCCAAAAAUUUCAAAGCAUCUUCAUGGAGCAACAGAGAAUGCAAACAUUUCCAGAUUAUGAUGCUGAGAUAGCUAAAGUGGAGAAUUUGGGUUUGGCAGGACCUGAUAUGGCCUUGAAAAAGAGAGCUAACUGGAUUUCCUUUAUAAAGAUUAAGCCAAAAUGUGAUCCUUGGCAAAAGAAGAUUUUGACCAAACUAAAAGAACGGAGAAUAGAUGUCUUAAUGCAACUCCAAGCAAAGUUUUUGAAGAAAGUAACAAUUGUUCCAGCUUUGGCACUAAGUCUCUGUGUGAUAUUGGUCUAA